UAAUUUGAACCCCAGUGGCGUGGACGGAAAGAAAAUGGAGAAGUGUUUCGUAAAACCCCACUCAGUUUUCCAGCUUCUUCUCAUUCUUUGGAUGACAUCCCUCAUCCACAUUGCAGUUGGGGAUUUCUUUCCUUGUUCGGGAUCGAACAUUAACGUGUCAGUGACGCUGGUUUGCAAUGGAUAUUACGACUGUGACAAUUAUGAGGAUGAAUCCUCAUGUAAUUAUUCAGCAACAUAUCUUCAGGAAGGCGAAUCACAUAUCAUCUCCUUAUUACCAGACACCCGUCCAAGAGGAUUGUAUAACGCGACCUUGAUACAAACAAACGCUACGAAUGGAUUCCAGGUUGUGUUCAAAGAUUUGUUGCUCAUUAAUGAUGAUUUAGUCCAAAUAGGGACUGGUAACGAUCCGUCUGACAUACAGUCUGUCAUCGCAACUAUCCAUGGAUAUCGGUACCAAGCAAGUGAUAUCUAUAUAAAUUCCAAUGAGAUGUGGUUUGCUGCCAUAAUAGGGUGGCAAUACGGUAGGUACCGUGUGGAUGUUGGUGUUACUGCCAUUGAUAUGCUGAAUUUAUUUCCUUGUUCGGGAUCGAACAUGAACGUGUCAGUGACGUUGGUUUGCGAUGGGUAUUACAACUGUGACAAUUAUGAGGAUGAAUCAUCAUGUAAUUAUUCAACAACAUAUCUUCAGGAAGGCGAAUCACAUAUCAUCUCCUUACCAUUAACCACUACAAGCCGAUUGCAUAACGUAACAUUGAUACAAACAAACGCUAAGAAAGGAUUUCAUGUUGUGAUCCAAUAUUUGUAUUUGGCUAAUGUUGAUUUAGUCCAAAUAGGGACUGGUGACGAUCCGUCUGACAUAAAUUCUGUAAUCACAACUAUCCAUGGACCUAAAAUCUACGCAGAUGAUAUUUAUGUACACUCCAAUGAGAUAUGGUUUGCUGCCAUAGGAGGGCUGCAAUACAGUCGUAUUCGUAUGGAUGUUGGUGUUACUGCCAUUGAUUUGCUGAAUUUCUUUCCAUGUUCGGGAUCGAACAUGAACGUGUCAGUGACGUUGGUUUGCGAUGGGUAUUACGACUGUGACAAUUAUGAGGAUGAAUCAUCGUGUAGUAAGUAA